AUGUAUUCGCGUAAGACUGGGACUUCAAAGGAUACAAACUUCAGAUCGGAUACUGAAAUUCAUGAUGGGUACACCGUUCAACAACAAGAGCAGUAUACAAAAUACUUGAGGAAAUUAAGAAAUGAAUUUGAAGAAAAUUGGUGCAAAAAGAAAAAACAGAAUUUUGAUUUCUCGGAAAUGGAUCGUGUUAAAACUCUUGGUACUGGUGCUUUUGGAAGAGUAAUUCUAUUGAAGCAUUCGAAAACUUAUAAGCUGUAUGCAAUGAAAGUGUUAGAAAAAGAAAAGAUAGUAAAGAUGAAACAGGUUGAACAUACGUUAUAUGAAAAACGCAUCCUAGAAGCUAUCAGGUUUCCUUUUACGGUCUACAUGGAAUUCAGUUUCAAGGAUAACAGCUAUUUGUAUUUUAUUAUGCCAUUCGUACCAGGCGGUGAAAUGUUUACCCAUCUUCGCCGAUUGGGCAAGUUUGAAGAACCAUUAGCGAAAUUCUACGCUAGCCAAGUAAUUUUGGCCUUGGAAUAUCUGCAUUUCUGUAACCUAGUUUACCGCGACCUCAAACCUGAAAAUAUUUUAAUCGAUAAAAAUGGUUUUUUGAAAAUAACUGAUUUUGGUUUUUGCAAAUUACUUCAAGGAAGAACAUGGACGUUAUGUGGAACUCCUGAAUAUUUAGCUCCGGAAUUAAUUUUGAGCAAAGGUUAUGGAUUCUCUGUGGACUGGUGGUCGUUUGGUGUGCUAUUAUUCGAAAUGAAUGCUGGUUACCCUCCUUUUUACGCGAAUGAUCCGAUGAAGACUUAUGAAAAAAUUGUUGCUGGUAAAUAUAGAUGCCCGUCAGGUUUCAAUAGUGAACUUAGGGAUCUAAUCAGAAACAUUCUACAAGUUGACAUAACCCACCGUUAUGGCGUGAUGAAAAAUGGAGUGAUGGACUAUAAAAAUCAUAAGUGGUUUAAGGGUCUCGAGUGGGAAUCGAUUCUUAAUUGUAGAACGCAACCUCCAUAUGUGCCAAAAUAUCGUGGCCCAGGAGAUACCACUAACUUUGAACGAUACGAAGACGAGCCUAUAAAAAUUUCUCCACAAUGUCUGUACGAGACGGAGUUUCUGGAUUUUUAG